GACCACGCGCGGUUUUGACGCCGACAGCCGCAGAACAAAAUAACGGGAGGAGAGCGAAGGCGGCGGAGUGCGAGGGCUGAGGAAGGGGUUCCUGGUGAAAGUAAACCACAAGCCAAGAGGUUCCCAGCUGCUGAAGGUCACAGCCUCCACCGCACAUCACACGCAGAGAGAUGAGCCAAAAGUCUGAGCGUAGAGGGAUCCACGUGGACCAGUCAGAGCUGCUGUGCAAGAAAGGAUGUGGUUACUAUGGCAAUACAUCCUGGCAAGGCCUCUGCUCCAAGUGCUGGAGGGAAGAGUACCAGCGUGCCCGGCAGAAGCAGAUCCAAGAGGACUGGGCAUUGGCAGAGAAGUUGCAGAGGGAGGAGGAAGCUGCCUACGCCAGCAGCCAGGGGGCGCAGUCUCACCCCCAGCCGUCCUUGGCACCCUUCUCCAAAUUCGAGGAGAAGAAGACCAAUGAGAAGACGCGAAAAGUCACUACAGUGAAGAAGUUCUUCAGCCCCUCGUCACGCACAGCACCUAAGAAAGAAAACCAUGAGGGAAAGACCCCAAGCCCGUCCAUCAGCCGACAGGCCAGUGCCGAGACGGACCGCGUGUCCCGGGAUUUCGUGGACUUCCUGAAGAACCUCCAGAAGCCGGGCCGCGAUAUUCACAAGCAGUGUCGAGCCUUCACUGAGAGUAUGGCCAAUAAGAGGGACCUGAGUGCUGAUGAGCUUUCCGAGUGUGUGCAGGACUUCUACCAGAACAUGUCUGACCGCCUGAUGACCCAUUUUAAAGGGUCUACAGACCGCGUGGAGCGUGUGAUGGACCAGGUGGAGAAGUACAUAAUGACUCGGCUCUACAAGAAUGUCUUCUGUCCCGAGACCACGGACGAUGAGAAGAAAGAUCUGGCAACCCAAAACCGGAUCAGGGCCCUUCACUGGGUCACCAUUCAGAUGCUGUGCGUCCCAGUCGACGAAGAGAUUCCCGAAGUGUCCGAUAAUGUGGUGAAAGCCAUCACGGAUAUCAUCGAGAUGGACUCCAGGCGGGUGCCCCGUGACAAGCUGGCCUGCAUCACCCGCUGCAGCAAGCACAUCUUCAACGCCAUCAGGAUCACGAAGACGGAGCCGGCCUCGGCCGACGACUUCCUGCCGACCCUCAUCUACAUCGUGCUGAAGGCCAACCCACCUCGCCUGCAGUCCAACAUCCAGUACAUCACUCGCUUCUGCAACCCCAGCCGCCUGAUGACUGGAGAGGACGGCUACUAUUUCACCAACCUUUGCUGCGCAGUGGCCUUCAUCGAGAAGCUGGAUGCCCAGUCUCUGAACCUCAGCCCAGAGGACUUCGAGCGCUACAUGUCAGGCCAGGCGUCUCCCCACAAACAGGAGCCUGGGCCCCGGACCCCAGCAGGCCCCGACGGCAGCCCCGCCCUCAGCACCGCCCACCAGAACCUGGAGCUGCUGAAUGGGCUCGGCGUCCGGCAAGAGCGUGUCCUGGAAGCGGCACGGAACCUGGAGAGCGACCUCAUCAGCUGGCGGGAGGCCGUGGAGCGCGAGGUGCAGGAGAUCCUGGCGAAAUACCCCCUGGAGAUCCGGCCUCCCCCCUCAGCGAUCGACUCGGACAACGUGGAGAAUGACCGCCUGCCGCCACCACUGCAGCCGCAGGUCUUUGCUGGCUAACCUCCAUGUGGCGCCCUGCCCUCGUCCCCCGUUACGCUCGACACUGUCCCCUGCAUGCUGAACAUUUAUGGCCACACACCCCGCUCUAAUGCCCAAGCAGACUAUGCUAAUGGGAUGAGCUAGCAUGAAGCUAUACCCUCCUGUUGCCCAGCUUAGCUGCUUAAGUACUGCUCUAGCCAUUUUAUAGUAACUAUUAAAGCAACAAGAGUGCAAAUCGCACUCCUCUUAUUUUGGAUCUGCCCUCCAGAAUACACGUGCUUGAACUGAUAGGUAUGUUCCUCACUAAUCUAACUUCCCCUUGUUGAGUUUCCUUUUCCUCUUCAUUGUGACUGGACGGCAGCAGAAGCUAGGCUCUGGGUGUAGCGGUGCAUUCUGGGAUAGCCACUCACACGUUAGCCGUACUGUACAUCAAGUUUUAUGGUGAACCGCUAUGAUUUUACAUUGGACAUUAUUUGUCACUGUCUUGCCUUAUACCUCUGUAAUCUGAGGUGUAGCGCUAAGAACGUAAAGUGAGAAAUUAAUAAUGCAAUGAAACAUAAGCUGGGCAAUGCUGAUAUAAAGUACAGCGUUCAGUAAUGCCAGUCGUUCGGUGACACUUCUGCAAUAAGCUUUAUCUUGCCGCAUUGAUUUUAUUGAAGUGUUCAAGGAUGCUUUCUAUUGUCUUUUUAAAAAUAGACACGUAAGUUUCAGAUGGUCAAUUUAAUCUGUCUUUAAACUGAAGGGAGCAUUUUUUUGUGAUCAACAACAAUUGUAAAUGUAUUUUUCAGAGACGUCUUGUUUCGCCCAGUACUUCAGAUUCGUGAAGUGGUUGCCUAAUUCUGAGUAUGUUCCCCUCACGUCAUGCUUGACAGAGAAUAUGAUCUGAGGUACUAGCUUGCACUUCUAAAUGAGCUUCGAAAUGUUUUUGUACAUCGUCUUGGUCAGAACUUGCCCAUUGACACCCUCUGCUGGUGAGUAUCUGAAACCACGUGUUCUAAUUUUAGGGAUGAGAACAAUAGAUGAUAAAUGAAUCACGUUGUCAGUGGAACAGUACUGUUCUGCUAUGGUUUACGUUUUUAUUUAUAACAAGGCUAAAUACCCAAGUACAGUGAUCGGUUUCUGCAGUGGGAGAUAGGGUUAUUUAAUUGUUUAGCCGUUAAUGUACCAAGACAUCUGGAAAAUAAAAAAUUUAUUGUAUAAAUUACACAAACAUACUACUGCUGUUGAUUUUAAGUGUAGAAAAUGGUGAGACAUUGAUCUAUACCUGUUGUUAAUGUAGUAGUUAUUACUGUAUAGGGACUGACAGUUCUGUGGAAAAUGCUUAUAUAAUUAAGCUCAAGUUUACUGCUGAUCAAUCGCUUUAUAACAGCGGUAGGUAACACUGGACAGAGAACACGACACAUUCUAGCAUUAAAGGGUAUGGCUUUGCUUUGGGAUUCCCUUUAAUUUAGACAUGGAAUCAAUGGAUUUUAUUCCUUUAGGUAGAACAUGUCUUGUUGUAAAUCACAUUUUUAUUUCGAUUUUGUUUUGUUCUGAACUUUAUGAAGGCAGAAUAUUGAAGGUCCCAGUAUGGGUAUGACUAGGUUGUUGCUGCUGGUAGGAAUCUUAUGGUUAUAUUUUAAGCCGGUGAUUCUCAUUCUGGUCCUCGGGGACCCACAGACAUUCCAUGUCCCUCACAGCUCCCAAAAAAUGUGCACUGUUUGGGGGGAGCAAAAACGCGGACCGUCUGGGGGGUAUCUGGGGAUCCGGGCUGAGAAAUAAGCUUCCCAUGAAGUGUGGAGGACUGCAUUUGUUUGUAACAUACUCCCAAGUGUAGUCGUUUCGAGUGACUGUCACAGGUACACUACUUUAGAUGUCUUUUAAAAAUGUAAAAAUGUACAUUUAAGUAUCAAACUAAUGGUCUUAAUGUGACUAUUUAUUAUGUAAAAUAACUUAUGAGAAUAAUAUUGUUUUAUAUUGUUCAUGGCUUGUAAUUUAACUGCCUUUAAAUAAAGACCCAGAAGACUCCGCCUUCCUUAGGCUCCGCCCAUUGCUUCCAUAACAAUGAAUGAAUUUCAUUUGGCAUCAGGGGGAUCGUAUCAGUGAUUUAAGGGUGCCAGAUAAUGCAAUGCCGUCUUGGCACAUGAAAUGUCAUUUUAUUUUGCCACUGGCUUUUACAUAGUACUCAUUAAUGUUGAGAGAUUUCACAUCCACCCCUUUCUUGUUCAUUUACUAUAGUGUUCUUGGUACUACAGCUUGAUUUCGAAAGUUCUUCUCAUUCUGCCUUGCUUUUUUGUCAUUACUGUAUCCCUGUUGUGUUGAUGAUCCAGUUUUUCACUUACUCUGGGAGCGCAGGUGUGUUUUGCACUGGUACAUCCCACUGUCAAAUUUGAGAACUUCCCCAAUGCUGAAGAUUGGGUUUUUGUUUACUAUUGUAUUGUAAACACAAGUGUGUUGGUUGUAGGAGAUAAACAAUGAUCAAAUGAGCAUUUACCUUCAUGAAACGCUUACCCUGUGCAACACUGAAAUAAAUUGAAAGGCAAAAAAAUAAUCAUAACUGAA